AUGAGUCCUCCUAGAAAAUCCGUAGUAUGGAAAGAUUUUCAAAAGAGUGGUAGUAAUACUGAUAAAGUGGCCACGUGCAAUAUGUGUAAAAAGGCAAUAAAAUUCUUUGGUAGAACAACUUAUCUAAAGCAGCAUUUAAUAAGAAUCCACCCAUUGGUUAAAUUAGACUUCCCACCAAUGAAGAAGAUGAAGCUAAUGAGUAUAUUCCAACAAGUGAUGAUUCAAAAUAAUGAAAGGAAUAACCCAGGACCAUCAAAUACUAAAAUUAGGACAGAAGUUCAGUCAAAACCCGCCAAGGUAGCCAAGCAGUUUAUGCUUUAUGGUUCUCGCCUCGGAAAUAUGCUCUCUGAAGCAAAAAUUUCUUUCAUAGAUCAGGCAUUGUUAAAAAUGGUAACACUAGAAACUCUAGACGCAGAAGAAUGGUCAAUUUUGGGUGAUAUAUUGAAACCAGCAAAUGACCUCACCACCAUUUUAUCCGGUGAGAAAUACCCCAGCCUAUCCCUCAAUAUUCCACUGAUCAGAGGAUCUCAGUACACCCUGAAAAAUUUCAUCCAUCAGACAGAUGUUGGUGAGAAACUAAAACAAACGCUGCUUGAAACUGUAAAGAGGAGGUUAGGAGGAUUCGAGAGCAAUAAAAUAGUUGCUAAGGCUUGUUUCUUAGAUCCCAGGUUCAAGAAAAUUGCAUUUGGCUCCGAGGAUAACGCUAAUAAUAAGCAAAAAUGUGUGGUGGAAGAAAUGACCCAGUUGAUUUCCAACAAAGCUCAAGUGGUCAAUACCCCAGAAAUCGUCAGCGAAACCCUGAUUUUUCCGGAGAUGUAUGAGCUGGCUAUGAAAUAUUUAUGCGUUUCUGCUACCUCCGUGCCUACAGAAAAGGUUUUUUUCAAAAACGGGCCAGCUCACCAAUUCAAGAAAAAAGAGACUUGCUGCGAAAAACCUUGA